GAAACAAAGCAGCAACUAAAACACACACAGUUGAAAACUCAGAAGCAAAACCCAGCCAACGCGCAAUCUUCUAAACAUGGCGGGGAUUGUGGGAGCUUCUUCUACUCUAGCAAUAUCGGCAUCUACGCCAUUCUCUUCUCUCUCUUCAAAGACGACUUCCUCUCUCUAUCUUCAUUCUGCUCCCGGGCUGAGCUCAGGGAGGAAAUUCUACGGAGGCAUCGGAGUUCCCCUCAAGAAAGGGCGUUCUCAAUUCCACCUCUCUAUUACCAAUGUCGCCACCGACAUUAGUCCUACUCAAGAACAGGUCAAAAAGCUUGCGGCUUCCAAGGAGAACCAAAGGCCCGUUUACCCGUUCGCAGCUAUAGUAGGGCAAGACGAGAUGAAACUGUGCCUCCUCUUAAACGUGAUAGACCCCAAGAUAGGCGGUGUAAUGAUAAUGGGAGACAGAGGCACCGGAAAAUCCACCACCGUCAGAUCUCUGACCGAUCUCCUCCCCGAAAUCAGAGUAGUCUCCGGCGAUGCAUUCAACUCCGAUCCGGAAGAUGCAGAAGUGCAAGGGCCCGAAGUACGAGACAAGAUCAUGAGAGGUGAAGAACUCCCCGUAGUUUCAAUCAAGAUCAACAUGGUUGAUCUGCCAUUGGGCGCCACAGAAGACAGAGUUUGUGGCACAAUCGACAUCGAAAAAGCCCUAACCGAAGGAGUGAAAGCGUUCGAACCCGGUCUUCUAGCAAAAGCCAAUAGAGGGAUUCUUUACGUUGACGAAGUCAAUCUCUUGGACGACCAUUUAGUUGAUGUUUUGUUGGAUUCGGCUGCUUCUGGAUGGAACACUGUUGAAAGAGAAGGUAUCUCGAUUUCUCACCCAGCCCGUUUUAUACUAAUCGGGUCGGGUAACCCGGAAGAGGGUGAGCUUCGGCCGCAGCUUCUUGAUAGAUUCGGAAUGCACGCGCAAGUUGGGACAGUGAGAGAUGCUGAACUGAGGGUUAAGAUUGUUGAGGAGAGGGCUAGGUUCGAUAGAAAUCCGAAGGAGUUUAGGGUUUCUUACGAGGCGGAGCAAAAUAAGCUUCAAGAACAGAUUACUGCUGCUAGGAAGUGUUUGUCGAAGGUUACGAUUGAUCAUGAACUCAGGGUUAAGAUAUCGAGGGUUUGUUCGGAGCUGAAUGUCGAUGGAUUGAGAGGGGAUAUUGUUUCGAAUAGGGCGGCGAAAGCUUUGGCUGCACUUAGAGGGAGGGAUAAAGUGACGGUGGAGGAUAUUGCUACCGUGAUUCCUAAUUGCUUGAGACAUAGGUUGAGGAAGGAUCCGUUGGAGUCGAUUGACUCGGGUUUGCUUGUGAUUGAGAAGUUUUACGAGGUUUUUGCCUGAGGGAGGUAAAAUUUUUUUUUUUUGACAAGUAUAUUUCCCCCCCUCAUUUUAUGUUGCAGAUGUAAUAAUAAAGGAUGAUGAUAUUGAACUUUUUGGUAUUGAUUUUCUUCUCUAUUUAUGUUGAAAUUUUAAGUUUUUAUACU